AUGACCCUCCCAUACCCCCCGGAUCUUAACAUAACCGAUAAGUGGCUACUGGAGACAAUUGAGUACCCUGAUUGCUUACUGUUAGGGGGACCCUUCGUAAAUGUUACAGGCCUGGGUUCGCCCCCAGAGAUGUCCUCCAGCUUACCGGUGAUGUUGCUGAAUUUUAUGAUGAUUUUAUCUUUUCAGCAACAGGUCGCUGGCGACCACGAACGGCGGACAGACACAA